AUGAGUUAUCUCCAAACUCCCGCUUCUUCUCACCCAAACCAUCCCUUGGAUGACGGGACCAAAUCAGAUCGUCCAAGCGCCAAAGACAUGGACUCCAGCAUUCACCAAAUACAAAUGCGAUAUAAGCUCUCCCCAGUCACGAUGAAAACUCUUUGCAGCGCCUCGUCAAGCCCGGAUCGUCGAGAAGUCCUCUAUAAGUCUUGUCUCGCGAGUGAGUUUCGGUCUUUCCCGUUGAAACAAACCGAGCGAAACUUCUUCCGAGAAAUAAACGAUCAUACGGCUAUACCAUAUACUGUCAAAGACACAAUCGGUCAGCCCUGGCAUAAGGUGUUUCUGCUGGUUCAGAUAGAUCUUCUCCACAAUGGCUGGCCCAACAAAAUUUCCGCCUCGGCGAGGAAAGAACUCUAUCAGGAAAGAGGCCGAAUAUAUUCGCUUCUGGAUCGAAUCCUACGAUGCCUAACAGAUAUUCUGGGAUGCAGACUGGACGCGAGUGGCCUAAACACAUCAUUGGACGUGUUGCGGAGUAUUAAAUCAGGGGUCUGGGAAAGCGCAGGCCAAGAGCUACUUUUGGUUGAUGGUAUCGGUGCCGUGAAAAUGGAGAAAUUGUGUCGGAGCGGCAUCAAGACCAUUCAUCAACUGGCAGGACUUGAUUUUUGCCAGGUUGAGAGGCUGAUGAGUCGCAACCCGCCGUUUGGCCACAAUUUGCUGCAACAACUUGCAGGCUUUCCGCAGCUAUCCUGCCAGUUUGAAACAAUCCGCGAGUACACGCCAAUUGCGCGACCUCCACAUGGUGACGGUCGAAUGGUGGCCUUGAAGCCAGGGCUCUUCAUGUGUCGGAUCGUGCUGAAGUAUGGUAAUUCCCAGCUACCACUCUGGAAUAAAAACAACCCUUGGGUUACCUUGGUAGUAGAUGGCGAGAAUGGCAGACUUUUGUGGUUUUGGCGCGGAAGCGUGACAGAGCUCACCGGGGAGAAAGAACUGCUUAUCGGCAUAGAAGUCAAAAAGGGCGAAAAGAUUGGGCUUAAGUUGGCGUGUGAAGAGAUAGUCGGUACAAUGGCUCAGUCAACGCAUCAGAUACCCUGA